UCGUGUCUUAUGCAGGCUGACGCUGAAGUUUAUUCUGCCGAAAUCAGGAACCGUGAUCGGGAAGCAUGGGAAUCCAGGAGAAACAACUGCAAAAUUAAUAUCCUCCUAGAGGAGCUCGGGAAGAGGAUGAGUGAUAUUCCACCUGGAAUGGAGUUGUGUCCUUAUUGUAAGAAGCCAUUUAAACGAUUAAAAUCCCACUUGCCACACUGUAAGAUGAUAGGACCAACCAUACCUGCUGAUAGAAAGGUUUAUGAGUCCAAGCCAGGUACACUCCCACGUGCUAAAAAAAUGAAAGAACCAAUCAAAGAUUUAAUGAAAGCUAAAGGGAGAGAGUUGGAGACAGAGAGUGAGGAAAGAAAUACUAAGUUGAUAAUAGACAAACCAGAACAGACAACUAAAUCCUUUCCACUACCACCGGUUGGCUUGGAAAGAGCUAAUACUACAGAGGCAGAUAAAGACAUCAAGAAUCAAAUUCAGCUCUCCUGCAAAACAUUAAAGAAUUCUGAACCAAAGACUGCUUUCCAAGGAGAAACCAAGGCUCAGUUUUAUGCAUCAGAGAACACCUCUCCUAAAAGAGAACUUGCCAAAGAUUUGCCUAAAUCAGUGGAAAGUGGAUGUAAUCCUUCAAAAACUGAAGUAUCUUUACCGGUUGGCUCAAUGGAACCUUCCUUAUCAAAUCAAGGUAGAAAAUAUUCCUCAGCCAUACCUAAUGAUGUACAAACCACUUCUGCUGAUCUUAAAUUGGAUAAAAUUAACCCCCAAAGACAGGAGCUUCUAGUAAAAUUACUAGAUGUGCCUAUUGGUGACUGUUACAGUUCUCCAAAGAACCUCAGUGAUGGAGAUAAAAGAGUAAGAACAUCAUUGUCGAGCAAUGAGAGAAAUUCCAAAGGCAGGGAUCACCUCUCAGGAGCCUCUACUGAUGUCAGAGACAAUGAGACUCAGGAAAAAGACCCAGAAUCACUAAUUUUAAGCCUUAAAAUUAGCUCGUCAGGUAAAAUCCGAGUCAUGGAGAACCAAGAAAAAGGACUUUGCCUUGGAGUUGAGGUGUGUGGGAACAAAGGAAAUGCAGAGCAAAGUGAGUCUGCGACAGAAAUGCAGGAAUGGACUGCCAUCAGCAGUGGCUCUGAGAACUUCAAAACUGAUGAUUCAGCCACAGAGAAGAAAUCUCAAGGUGAAGGACAUUUAAAUUUGUGCAUUCCAAGGGAGACAGCUGACAGUGAAUUUUUUUCUGUAUCACAGUCAAGUAGUCAAAGUCCUGCCUCUCUGGCUACAAAAUUUCUCCAAGAAGAAAAAGCAGAAGCCUGCAGUCAUAAUGGAGUCCCUGAUGUAAAGGCCUUAUUGGAAAGUAAGGGACAGGUUUCUCUGGAGCCCAAAUCUGGCUGUCAGUUUCAAGCAUUGCACACUGGAUGCCAACAGCCUCUACAUUCAGCCCCGCAUCACACUUCUAAGAGCCCCUUCAUCAAUGAUGUUGCAGCUGCUGACAGAAAGACCCCUCCCAGCUCCAUGGGGCUAGAGUGGUUUCCAGAGCUCUAUCCUGGUUAUCUUGGACUAGGAGUGUUGCCAGGGAAGCCCCAGUGUUGGCAUGAAGUGGCCCAGAAACCACAGCUCAUCAGUCCCCAGGGGGAAAGACUCUCAAAAGUUCCUUUGUUGGAAAGAAGUUCGACUGAUAUAAGGAGUUUGGAACCCCCGACCAGGCUUACAACCUCCAACUUCUCUCUAAUGAUGCUUUUGGAAGCUGUACAAAAAGGCUGGCUUAGGUGCAACACCACCAUAAAGAAGAGUGGAGUCGGCGGUAUCACCAUGCUCUUUACAGGGUACUUCAUGCUGUGUUGUAGCUGGAGUUUCAAGCAUCUGAAGCUGCAACGCUGGCGCAAAUAGUGUUGGCCUGGACGUCACUUAAGAAACUGCAAGAGACGUACGGUGGAGACGGCUGCAAUGCAUAUUUAACAACUUAAAAUUGUAUUGGGGA